AUGGCGGCGUCCCGGGAUGUCGUGUGGCCGUGUCGGGGAAUAGGCUUGUGGAAGAGUUGCGUCCGGUUGAUAACUUCCGUUACCAUGGGUUCGUGCACGAUUGGUUUUCUGAGUGGCGGCGGUAGUAUACUCGUUAGGAGCCUGAUCGUCAAGGAAGAUUUCCAGCACAUCUUGCGUGUGAUGAACACGAACAUCGAUGGUAAGCGCAAGGUGAUGUUCGCAAUGACCGCCAUCAAGGGAGUCGGACGUCGGUAUUCGAAUUUGGUGUGCAAGAAGGCAGACAUCGACCUUAACAAGCGCGCGGGAGAGCUUUCUGAAGAAGAGGUUGAGAAGGUGGUUACGAUCAUGUCUAACCCUCGUCAGUACAAGAUCCCGGAUUGGUUUUUGAAUAGGCAGAAGGAUAUAAAGGACGGGAAAUACUCCCAGAUCAUGUCCAAUAAUUUGGAUACGAAGCUUCGUGAAGAUUUGGAGCGACUGAAGAAGAUCCGUGCCCAUCGUGGUCUUCGUCACUACUGGGGCCUGCGAGUGAGAGGACAGCACACGAAGACGACUGGUCGUCGUGGCAAGACUGUCGGUGUGUCGAAGAAGAAGGGCUAA